UGUUGAGUAAAAGUGGCUAAAGGAAGAAGCUGCUAAUGCGGAAAUAAAAAGAUUAAAACAACAAACUAAAACCAGCAGGAAACAGCAGAGCCGGAGCCGACCUCUUCUCCUGCCCAGAUGGACGUGGCCCUCUCCGGCCCUCAGACGCUCUCGGAGCCCCUGAGGAGGGGGACCCCGCUGCCCCUGAGCCAGCUGGUGGAGUUGAAUCGGAGCAGAGCCCACGUCCCCAAUCAUCUGCUGGAAUCAAAAAUCUAUGCCAAACUGAAAAGCAACAGCCUGGUCGAAGCUGAGCCUCCGGAGCUUCACUUCAGUGGCUUCGAGCUCGGGCAAGAUUACGUGAAGAAUCUGAAACUAAUCAACGUCUCCUCUGAAGUUCUGAAUAUUCACAUCAUCCCCACUCAAACCAGGCACUUCCAGAGUACUUACACCAAAAAGUGUCGACUCAUCCCGGGUCUCGCCUACACGGUGAAGGUCGGGUUCUGUCCCGACGAGUGGCGUUACUUCUACGACUGCAUUCGGGUUCACUGCGAGGGGGAAGAGAACCUCUUAAUUCCAGUUCAUGCUUACCCCGUCAUCGAUGACCUGCACAUCCCUCCGCAUAUCGACCUGUCAGCCGUACCACUUGGUCAAAGUGUAACCCGUGUGAUUCCCCUGAGGAGCAGCUGUCCCAUUGACUUCGAGUUCCAGGCGUUUGUUCUUCAGCCCCACGAGGCCUUCUCCAUCCAUCCCCUCGCAGGUGUGAUACCAGCCAGCGGUGAGGUGAAGCUCACGGUGACCUUCAGUCCGCUCCGUUACGAGACCUCGCAGGUCACCAUCCAGCUGGUGGUCUCCCAGUUCAACAGCAAGCCGUUCCUCUGCACCAUCACUGGGAGCGCAGUCCCUCUCUCAGGCCUCAGUCGGUUGGAGAGUAAGUCGGCUCAUGGAGACGCAGCGCCUCCAGAACACAGAGGCCCCUCGCCGGCCGCCCAGCUGCCUCCUCGGAGUAAAACCAGGUGCAGGUCGAACAAGGAGGCCGACAAAUCAAAGUCACUGAGAGAUCUGUCUACACUGAAACCGGUGGUGGACGUCUUGACUCCUGCAGGCGUCGCAAAGAUGUUGAUCAAAAACACCAAUAAACUCAGCUCUAAGGCCCUGAAGGAAGCCAUGUCGUGUGGCAGCCUGGACGCUCUGCAAAACAGGCAGAUGAAGGAGGCGCUCUUCGUGAAAAGGUUUCAGCAAAACGUGAAGGAGGAGCAGGCCAACCACUUCAGUUGGCAGGUUCACCUGGGCAGGGACCCCGUGUCAGGGCAAAGCAGGAGACAGAGGCUGGAGGAGAGAGAGGCGGCGCUGCAGGAAUACACGGUGAAAUGGAGAGAUGGACGGCGAGAGGAGAAGUUCCGAGCUCGACAAACCAAACUUUCCUCCGCUCAUAUUCUGCAAGAAGCUGGACAGGCCCCAGAGGGAGCCCCAUCCUUCCAGUUGUCCACUGGUUUCCAGUGGGAGAUGAAACAAAGAGCCCUCCAGCCGUUCCAGGAGGCUGCACGCAAGGUCGGGUUCCGCUGCCGCAUAAACAGGAGACUGGCGUGUUUCAGGAAGCUGGCCAGCGGCACGAGGCGCCUGCCCGCGGCACAGAAAGCCGAAGAGAAGACGAGCGACGUGAAGAUCUCACCAGACAAAGUCUUCCCCUUUGCCUUCCCCACUUUCUGUGAUGAAGGUGACCCUCUGGCUCACGGUAAUUUGGUCACGCUGCCUGUGGCUGCUGUUGAUGUGGCGGUGACAACACGUAUUCCUUUCUUCAAGCUUCAGGUUCCUCAGCACUAUAAGCUCAUGGGCUACCGGCCUGUCUCAUCCUGGGAGGCUUUCAACUCUUACACACCCCCGACUUUGGCCAGACCACUUCGCACUGCACCUCAGCCGGAGGAGGAAGUUGAGGUUAUUGAAGUAAACAAAGCCGCCUCUCUCAGCUUCACUGCUCCUGACGAUCUCCUCCGACCUCGUCCUGCAAACCCUCUCAGGAUCUUUAACCCAGCUCCGGGCCUGCAGGCUUACAAACCUGCCCCUAAAUACCUGGAGAGUGAUCUGGAGUUCCACCUCUGCCCUCUGCCCAGGUUCACCGCCCCCGAGAGCAACACGUGUGGCACAAGAGCACAAUCUCUGCACACUCAGAAGGACUUACUGGACCGCAAGGAAGUGAUAAAAGGGAUAAUGACGUGGAAGAAUUUCGAUCCAAUGGCCUUGAAGUUUCUGUCCGACCAUCCCGCCCCCCCCAGCAGCCGCAGGCUCGUGGACUACAACACAGACAUACUUCCACUCCCAGCGCCUCCUCCGCUCACUGCACUUCCUGACGAUUUGACACCGCUAAUGGACAAACCGUGUGACGACUCAGGAGUCCAGCUGACACCAGAGAUGAUCAGAGCGCAGUUCUUACCCGGAGAGGCCCCGGUCUCCCAUGGCAACCCCACGGCAGGAGCAGCAGCCAGGUACAGUGAGUCCACUGGCAUGACGUCUACGUGACUAAGACAAAGAUGAUUCACGGUGAAGAGACCGAAGAUAACGUCGAGCUUUUAGCCAGAACGUUUGUUUACCUGAAGGAAGCUCUUACUGUGCAAUAAAAAGGAUGAAUACUGUUCAACACACUCUCACUCUCUCUCACACCACACACACACACACACACACACACACACACACACACACACACACACACACACUGCUGAUAGUGGAAGUUGGAGAGGGCAAUAAACAUGUUGUACUUUCUAGUUUUCGGAGGGGAAGUACUCAGGAUAAACCAAACAUGAAAAUAAUGAAUGUUCUUAGUGAGUUCCUUGUAAGGAGAGCUUCCUUUGAACAGGAACACGCUGUGUGAUGCUACUUCUCAUCUGCUGUCAAAUAGAUUAAAUAUAAUAAAUAACAAAAUGUGAAAGAAAGUAUUUUCAUUGUCUUUAAACAUUAAGGAAGAUUGUUUUCAGCUCUGCAUAGUUCCAGAAUAAUAAAAUACCCAGAUAUUGUUAUUGUAUUUGAGAUGUUGUUUUAUUGUGCAGUUGUAAAUUGUAGCAUCUUGUAGCAAAUGGAUCCAAUCAAUUAUUUGUCUUUGUUGCAAUAAAUGUCAGUUUGUGGUUUUCAA